AUGCCCAACCCAAUCCUCUCACGUCAAACCACCUACACCAGAACUACAGUCCGUGGCCCCGACGGCCGACGACAAAUCCGCGAGGAGGAAGAGAGCGUGAUCCGGACGCGUCGUCGUCCUCCUAGAUCGCCUUCACCACUGUUCCUCCCGCCGAGGAUCCUGAGUCGAAGCCCAUCUCCAUCUCCUCGGCCGAUUCUUCAGGACACGAGAUUCCCGCACACCUUCUACGAAGAAAACCCCGCCCGUCGAAGAUCUUACGAACGGGACCGUUCCGCAGCAGGACGUCAUCCGCGAUCGCCAUCCACGGUACGGUUCGUGCCUGAUGAUGAGCAGUUUGGGCUCCUCCAGCUUCGGUUCCCCUCGCCACCGCCUCGAGGCCUGUUUGGCGAACAGCCUGGCUUCCGGAGUGGACACUCGCCGCCGCCCUUGCGACUGCCCGGCCCGACUUGCAGGAGGAGCCGUGUCAAUCACAGUCGCAAUCGAAGCCGAAGCCGAAGCCGAAAUCGCCGCCGAGCAGCCCGCUCAAGGUCAAAGUCGAGAGACACAAGCACGAGUUUCAUCCAGGGUGCGCUAGUGGCGGCGGGGACCGCGCUCGCGAUCCGUGAAGUGCGAAGGAAACUGGGCGAACAGCGAGCUCGAACCCGAGACAGCGAGACGCAGGACCGUCCCCAACUUCAUAAGGAUUGCAGAGGUCAUGACAGCUCCGGUUGUACCAGAUCAUAUCACGACGUCACCAGUCCUCACAGCUCGGGCUACCUUCUCGCCAACCUGGCCAGAGUACAUACCGUUGUCCCGCCUUCCCCGAACUCAUCGGGGUGUCCAACGGAUCUUCUCAGACUGAGACUCAGUUCCCAGCCCACCCCCAGCCCAGACCUUCUGCUCAAGACCUUUUUCUUGGCCCAUUAA